CCCUCCCGUCGGGGGCGGCCGCUGGAACACGGGACGGGACGGGCGCUCCGGGACCGGCCCGGGCACCGGCAUCGGGACCGGGACCGACCUCCGGGACCGCACUGAGCCCCCGGGACCGGGACCAUGGCGGGGCUGGCGCGGUGCCAGCGCCAGGCGGAGGAGGUGACGGAGCUGAUGCGGCAGAACGUGGAGCGGGCGAUGGAGCGGGAAGGGCACCUGGAGCGGCUGCAGAGCCGGGCCCAGGACCUGCGACAGGCGAGCGAGGCCUUCACCCGCAGCACUCGGGCGGUGACGCAGCGACAGCGCCGGGGACAGCGCCGGUGGCUCCUGGUGGCCCUCGGCCUCGGCCUCUUCGUCCUCCUCCUCCUCCUCCUGGGCCUGGGCCUGGCACUGGCCCUGGCACAGUCACCCCCAGCCACUGCCACUGUCCCCACCCCACAGGCACGGACUGAGCCCCCCCAGCACCGUGGAGCCCCUUUGACAACAGAGACACGGGGGGGGAAGGGCAUGAUAAAUAAACAGCAGGACUUGUUUGGGUAGACCCUACCAUAACAAACCAGUGGGAUGAUCUUCAGGGAGACCCUACAAUAAAUAAGCACCAGGAUCUCACUCGGGGAGACCCGACAUUAACAAACCCGCAGGAUGAGCUCUGGGGAGACCCUACAAUAAAUACACACCCGGAUCUGCUUUGGAGAGACCCUACAAUAACAAACGUGCCAGACCUUCUUUGGAGAAACUGUACAAGAAGAGAAGAGCGGGAGCCACUCAAGGGAGAGCCUGUAAUAAACACCAGCAGCUCUUUGGGGAGACCCUACAAUAACAAACCAGCAGGACCCACUUCAGGGAGACCCUAUGAUAAAUCAGCAGCAGCACAUGAUUUGGGGAGACCCUACAAUAACGGAGCGGCAGGAUGAGCUCCAGGGAGACCUUACGACAAUGAACAUGCUGGACCCACUCUGGGGAGACCCUACAAUAAACAAGCACCAAGACUUGUCUGGGGAGACUCUACAGUCACAAACCAGGAGAACGAACUUCAGGGACACCCUACAAUAAAUAAAUAACCUGGAUCCGUUUUAGGGAGACCCUAUAAUAACAAAAGCUCCAGAUUCUGCUUUGUAGAUACCCUAGAAUAACAAAUCAGCAGGAUGAGUUCUGGAGACACCCUACAAUAAAUAAACACCAGGACUCCUUUGGAGAGACCCUACAACAACAAACAUGCUGGACCCCCUCUGGGGUGACCCUACAAUAAAAGCAGUGGGGUGAUCUCCAGGAAGACCCUACAAUCAAUCAACACUGGGAUGUGUUUGGGGAAACCCCACAAUGACAAAUAAGGGGGAUUGAUUUGGGGUAGACCCCGCAAUAACAAACCCAUGGGAUCUACUUUAGAGAGACCCUACAAUAAAUAACCACCAGGAUUUAUUUGGAGAGACCCUACAGUAACAAACUAGCAGGUUGGUGACCCUACAACAACAAACAUGCUGGACCCACUUGGGGGAGACCCUACGAUAAAUAAACACAAGGAAUUGUUUAGGGAGGGCCUAUGACAACAGAGAAACUGCAAUAAAUAAACUCCACAAUCUGUUUCUCAGAGACCCUAUAAUAACAAACCUGUAAGUUCAGCUCCAGGAAGACCCUACAAUAAAUAAACACCAGGAUCUGC